AUGAAAGGGUUAAUUUUAGUAGGUGGUUAUGGUACUAGGUUGAGACCAUUAACUUUGACUUUACCUAAACCAUUGGUUGAGUUUGGUAAUAGGCCAAUGAUUUUGCAUCAGAUUGAAGCAUUGGCUGCCGCUGGGGUAACAGAUAUCGUCUUGGCUGUCAACUAUAGACCAGAAGUUAUGGUUUCGACAUUGAAAAAGUAUGAAGAAGAAUAUGGUGUGUCAAUUACGUUUAGUGUUGAAGAGGAACCUUUGGGAACCGCAGGACCUUUGAAGUUGGCUGAAAAAGUUUUGAAAAAAGACGAUACUCCAUUUUUUGUUUUGAAUUCAGAUAUUAUUUGUGAAUAUCCAUUCCAAGAAUUGGCUGAGUUCCAUAAAGCACAUGGUGCAGCAGGUACAAUCGUGGCUACUAAAGUUGACGAACCAAGCAAAUAUGGUGUUAUUGUCCAUGAUAGAGACACCCCCAACUUGAUUGACCGAUUUGUAGAAAAACCAGUUGAAUUUGUUGGUAAUAGAAUUAAUGCUGGUAUAUACAUCUUAAACCCAUCUGUGAUUGAUUUGAUUGAAAUGAGACCAACUUCAAUUGAAAAGGAAACUUUUCCAUUAUUGGUUGAUCAAAAACAACUUUAUUCAUUUGACUUGGAUGGAUUUUGGAUGGAUGUCGGUCAACCAAAGGACUUCCUUAGUGGUACCGUGUUAUACUUGACUUCAUUAACAAAGAAAUCUCCAGAGAAGUUAUCAAAUGAAAAAUUCGUGCAUAAAGACGGUAACGUGUUGAUUGACCCUACGGCAAAGAUUCAUCCUUCGGCAUUGAUUGGUCCAAAUGUUACUAUUGGUCCAAAUGUAGUGGUUGGUGAAGGUGCAAGAAUUCAAAGAUCAGUGUUGUUGGCAAACUCUGAAGUUAAAGAUCACGCUUGGGUCAAAUCCACAAUUGUGGGAUGGAACUCAAGAAUAGGUAAAUGGGCAAGAACAGAAGGUGUUACCGUGUUAGGUGACGAUGUUGAAGUGAAGAAUGAAAUCUAUGUAAACGGUGCCAAAGUCUUACCACAUAAGUCGAUUUCUGCUAAUGUCGAACAGGAAUCAAUUAUCAUGUAA